AUGUUGCGAAAUACGAAACUCCUCAGCUCCAGAUCCCAUCCAUUUAUACCCGUAACUACAAGAGCUGGUCAGCUGUGCCACCCGUCGGUAUCUUCCUACCAGCAUCGCUGCCUUGUGACUUCCCAAACCAUCCACAAAGAAAGACAUCUCGAGUCCGAUCUGGACCGGCAUCUACUCCGACCUGAGCAUAACGAGAAUACCAAGUCGGGCACCGACGACGAAGCAGCUCAUCACUGGUCUUCGUACGAUCCCACUAUCACCGACCCGGACCUUGAGGUUCUCGCCUGCGAGGAAGAGUGCGAACUCGAUGGUGAAUUAGAUGACCCUUUGUUCGUCAGCCCAGGCAAUAGGGAAGUCAGUCGUUUCCUUGAUCCGAUGAUCGGAGGGGCGGUGCAUGGUGCUACGAGACCGGGCCCAAGUGGGAGGGGAUGGACAAGAAAGCAUAAGGAGGUGAUCAUCAAGAAAAUCCCCGGAAGUCAGUUUGAGAAAUAUGAUCGAAUACUGCAGGAGCUGAGGAAGGCAGAUAAGCGGGCCACGAAAUGA